UCAUUUCAACCCACCUGAACCCCCGCCGCGGACCGCCCAAUCGGAGCAGCGCGUGGCUUCCUCACUCCCUUCUCCCGUAGAUACGAAACCUCUGACCAUCUCUUUCUCUCUCUUUCUCCCCCUCAUUUCUUUCUCUACUCUCGGCGGCGGCGAGGAGAUAGGCUUCCGGCUACGAUGGCGACCGCCAUGCUCCGUCGGACAACCACCACCAUCUCCCGGCUCACAUCCACUGGCUCCGGCCCAUCCGCGCCGGCGCGGCUCAUCCUCUCGAGGCUGCUCGCGAGCGAGGUGGAGGCCCAGAAGGUGGAGCCCCAUGCAAAGGCGACGUCGACCACGAAGACCUUCUCAAUCUACCGGUGGAACCCCGACAACCCGACGAAGCCGGAGCUGCAGGACUACCAGAUCGACCUCAAGGAGUGCGGGCCCAUGGUCCUCGACGCCCUCAUCAAGAUCAAGAACGAGAUCGACCCUUCCCUCACCUUCCGCCGCUCCUGCCGGGAGGGGAUCUGCGGGUCCUGCGCCAUGAACAUCGACGGCUGCAACGGCCUCGCCUGCCUCACCAAGAUCCAGUCCUCCGGCUCCGCCACCACCAUCACUCCCCUGCCCCACAUGUUCGUGAUCAAGGACCUUGUCGUCGACAUGACCAACUUCUACAACCAGUACAAGAGCAUCGAGCCCUGGCUCAAGAGGAAGAACCCGCCCUCGGUCCCCGGGAAGGAGAUCCUUCAGAGCAAGAAGGACCGCGCGAAGCUCGAUGGCAUGUACGAGUGCAUCCUUUGCGCUUGUUGCAGCACGUCGUGCCCCAGCUACUGGUGGAACCCCGAGUCUUACCUGGGCCCUGCUGCUCUGCUCCAUGCUAAUAGGUGGAUAAGUGACAGCCGAGAUGAGUACACAAAGGAACGACUUGAUGCUAUAAACGAUGAGUUCAAGCUCUACAGGUGCCACACAAUCUUGAACUGUGCUCGAGCCUGCCCUAAGGGCCUGAAUCCUGGGAAGCAAAUCAUAAACAUUAAGCAGCUCCAGCUGACGAAGUAGACGGAAGAUAAGUUUGUAGCAGUCAAGUCUCUUCUGACCGAUGAUACUGAAGAGGGAGGAAACACUUUCCCAGAUUUGUGAACUGUUUGCCAAUGGAAUGAAUAAUAUAUGCUCAAUUUCAAUGAAUUCGCAAAUUGAAUCUGCUUGUAAUUGAUCUUAGGUCGAGAGUUGACAUCAUUUUGUUCGAAUAAAUUAUUUCUUGUAUCCAGUAUGAAUCUGUGAAGGAUUAUAGAGAAGUUGUGCCUAUCUAUUUCUCCAGCUUGUCUA